GAGGAGUGUUGGUUGAUUUCAAAAGCGAUAUGACUACAGGGCUCUUGCUAGAGAGCAACAUCUGUGUAGUUACACACUUGAAUUUGCAUAUCCAGAGUGACCAUGAAGUUGACGAUCCUGAUCUGCAUUUCUGUUCUCAUUUACCUCACUGUGGCAGAGCCCAGGGAGGCCAAAUGUACAGAGUCUGAUAAUAAUGGCAUAUGUUCUCGGGAGUUUGUUCCAGUGUGUGGAGAUGAUGGCAAAACAUACUCAAAUGAGUGCAUGCUAUGCUGGGAGAACAGUGUGCGUAACCAGAAUGUCAAAGUAAUGCUCGAAGGAAACUGUAAGACCUCCUGAACUCACUGCUGUUACAGCAUCCAGAAUGGGUUUCCAGAUGGAAUACUAUAUUAAAAAGCAGCUGAGCAGGAUGCUCAUUGAUUAGCCACUUAAACACUUUAUACGCUAUUGAAACUUUACGAAACAAUACCUUGUCAUGAAACAUAAUGCAAUAAAACAAUCAAGCAUU